UCACAUACAUAUCCUCACACUACACCCUUCCAUCUUACCACCAAUGGCUUUCAGCAAAUCUUCCACUCUCUUCCUAGCCAUUAACCUCCUCUUCUUUGUAGCCACACAGGCAUGCUCCACUUGCAACACACCAACUCUUCCAGUGCCUACUACUCUCAAGGGUAAUUGCCCAAGGGAUGCCCUGAAACUAGGGGUAUGUGCUAGGUUGCUUAAUGACUCCGUUGGGACCGUCAUCGGGCAACAGCAAGACCACCCUUGCUGCGCAGUCCUUGGUGGCCUUCUCGACCUUGAAGCCGCGGUAUGCCUUUGCACUGCUUUGAAAGCCAAUGUUCUUGGGAUUAAUAUUAAUAUCCCUAUCUCACUUAGCUUGCUUAUUAGCGCCUGUAAUAAAGACGUCCCCAAGGACUUCAAAUGUGCCUAGAACUUAAUGUGCUAGAAAUGACACAACAACAUUAAUUGUCUAGUAUUUUUAUCUUUCUAAGUUGUUGACUUUGCUUUGUGAUUUCGCAGUUUCAUUUUCGUUCAUUCUCAGUUUGUAUGUUUGUUGAGAUUCAACUAGGACCAGUCAUGCAGUUGUUCAUGUCAUUGUAGUACUUCUAUUUGAUAAUGUAUUGUAACUUUUAUUGAUUUGACUUUUGUGUGAUGAUCA